UUCAGUGACCCUAAAAACAGUAACAAAACCAUCAAGGGGGUUUUCGGAGAGGAAUGACGUCACUUGUUUCCUUUGUUUGUUUGUUUGUUUGUUUUCUCAUUUUCGUAAUGCCCGGUAGACUUGUUUUGGAUUUGUUGUUUAUUCGGGAUCCUUUCUUGCUGCACCGUGUUGUGGCGCGCAUGUCUGCUGUAUUUGUACGUGUCACUACUUUGCAGUAAAGUUUACUGAAGUUUAAGAAAGUUGCUGACGAUGGGGAUUGUAGUCCUGCUGAUGGUCCGAGCUCGCGCGCCCGCUUGCGCGGCGGCUCCUUUAAGAGCGGCGCGCGCGGGGGGGGGGGGACGUGAGCCGCUCCGCCUUGACGUAGCGAGCUCCUUACCGCGCCCGGUCAGGCGCGCCACAUAACGGGAGAGCGGAAGCGCCGAGGUCCCGGGAUGACUUGGGCCGUCCCGGUGGAAGUAGUUCUCGGGAGGGCAGCGUGAGCGACGUCUUCGGCGUGAAUAUCCGGUUUUACUCCACUUCGUUGGGAUUUCUUUGUGGGCCGUUUGGAGACUCCCGGGUCCUCGGGGCGCGCGUUGGUCGACUAGGAUGACUCGGGCCGCCCGCCGGGACGGGGUCAGAUGACAUCGGCCGUGCGUAACUGCUAGCUGUCCAGGGCCGUCGCAGGAAUAAUGCAGCACAGCAAGGCGGAGCAACCUCCCCAUCCCCUCCCCGGGCAUGGCGGCGACUCUCACGGCGUGGGCAGCUCCACGGGCAGCGCUCCCACCGACUUCCAGCAUCCGGCCAAUCCCCAGCUGGUCUUCCGGCGGAACGCGGUCACGGACGACUACAAGAUAACCACGCAGGUCCUGGGUCUGGGCAUCAACGGCAAAGUGCUGGAGUGCUACUGCAAGAAGACUGGGGAGAAAUGCGCCCUCAAGAUUCUGUACGACACCCCUAAAGCCAGGCGGGAGGUUGAGCUGCACUGGCGUGUGUCCGGGGGUCCCUACAUCGUGCGGAUUCUCAGCCUGUAUGAGAACAUGCACCAAGGAAAGAAAUGUCUCCUGGUCAUAAUGGAGUGCAUGGAGGGAGGAGAGCUGUUCAAUCGCAUACAAGCCAGAGGGGAUCAGGCCUUUACAGAACGAGAGGCAUCAGAAAUUAUGCGGGACAUUGGCACAGCCAUCGAGUACCUUCACCACAUGGACAUUGCUCACAGAGAUGUAAAGCCUGAAAAUUUACUCUACACCUCCAAGGACAGUAACGCCACGCUAAAACUGACUGAUUUUGGCUUUGCUAAGGAGACAACGUUACACAACUCCCUCCAAACUCCCUGUUACACCCCAUACUAUGUUGCCCCUGAGGUGCUUGGGCCAGAGAAAUAUGACAAAUCAUGUGACAUGUGGUCUCUGGGUGUAAUCAUGUACAUACUGCUGUGUGGGUUUCCUCCAUUUUAUUCAAAUACAGGCCUGGCAAUCUCGCCAGGCAUGAAGCAGAGGAUCAGGAUGGGACAGUAUGAGUUCCCCAAUCCAGAGUGGGCCGAGGUCUCUGAAGAAGCCAAACAGCUUAUUGUCCAAUUACUGAAGACGGACCCGAACGAGAGGAUUACCAUUGGACAGUUUAUUAACCAUCCCUGGAUCAGUCAGCAGUCGAUGGUGGUCCCACCAACGCCGCUCCACACUUCCCGCGUUUUGACGGAGGAGAAGGAGCUGUGGGAGGAUGUAAAGGAGGAGAUGACCAGCGCUCUGGCUACCAUGCGCGUGGACUAUGACCAAGUUAAAGUCAAAGACUUGGACACCUCCAACAACCCUCUGCUCAACAAGAGACGGAAGAGACCCGUGCCGGGGGGAGCAGAGAGGGGAGGAGACGGAGGUCAUGACGGCUGAGGGGGAGGAGGAGGGAGGGUGGGUGGUGUUUUACCGUCAGUGAGACGUUAAAUUCCCUGGAGCUGGAUCGGAAAAAGAGCAUUAGCGCAACGCAGAUGUAUGAGGGUGACGGAGCAAUGUUUUACUCCCCAUCGUUCACAUCAGGCUUUUCUUUAUUCCUUGUAUGUGCACUCACUUCUUUACCCUCACCAGCAUGAAAUAGUCUGAUCAGUGUUAUUCCAUUCGAUUGGUACCAUUAAAGCAUUUUAGAUGACUUUUCAUUUUUUAUACCUUGACAGCUUUCACUUUUUGUAUAUGGAAAUAGUUCUCCACUGUAUUUGUGUCUCUCCUUGAUAGCCGAGUCUCUUACUUGUUAUUAACUAGUUUGUUAACUUGAUACUAAAUUCGUGCACAAGUCAAGUACAGAUGUUUUCAACACCAGAGGACACGUGGAUCUUUGUGUUGAUAAUGUAUGAAGUUUUUAUUUCAAAGGGAAGUGCACAGAACACAUACUGUUAAUGCUGUGUGGUCCUUGCGUAUUAAAACAUGUCAUGAAAAAUG